AAACUGGCUCUGUAUUCCAAGAUGCAAGACCCCCAGGAGAGCAGCAGCCGGCUCGGCCCCUCGGGGCCCCCGGCCAUCAAAGAGGAGGAUAAGGAGCUGCCGCCGGGCGCCGAGUACCUGAGCUCCCGCUGCGUCCUGUUCACCUACUUCCAGGGCGACAUCAGCAGCGUGGUGGACGAGCACUUCAGCCGCGCCCUCAGCCAGGCCACGGCGUACCCCAGCUCCAGCCACAAGGCCGUCCGAGACGAAUCGUUCCCGAUGAGUCAGAGAAGUUUCCCUCCUUCGUUCUGGAACAGCUCCUUCCAGCCGUCGGUCUCCUCCYCCCUGGGCGGCGCUCUGUCGGCGCCCCACGCGGAGCUUUCUUUUUCCGGGGACCCGUACUCCUCGGCCUCCCUGCACAGCCACCUCCACCAGCCCAGCUCGGACGCUUGGCACCCGUCGCACCACCAUCACCACCACCACCACCACCCGUACUCGCUAGGCGGCGCCAUCGGCACGCAGAGCUCGGCGUACCCCCGCCCCGGCGUCCACGAGAUGUACGGCGCGGCGUUCGACCCGCGCUACGGCUCGCUGCUGGUGCCGUCGGUGAGGUCGCACCACCGCCUGGCGUCCGGCAGCUCGGUGCCGGGGCCCAGCUCCCUGCCCUGUGAGCUCGGGAAGGGGGAGUCGGGGACCGGGUCCUCCUGGAGCGGCGCUUUCACCGGWGCCGGAGCAGAGAUCGGACUGAAUGUUGACACAGGUACCCCUCAGAUAUUACAGAAGGAAUGCACUUUCUCCAUGUAGAGUUGUAAGUAUCUUACCUGCAGCAGGGCGUGAUCAGAAUGACUUCAGUUUGAAAGAAGGAGGAGCUUGAAGAUGAUCGUCUAUUUACACAAGAUAGAUGUUGACAUUAUGCGAUGGGAUUUUUUUAAAAUAACGGACUCCAACCAAAACUAGAGAAUUGUCUUUUUUGGUGUUUGGAGUUUUAGGUUUAUUUACUCUACACAAGUCUAACAAAAGUCUGCAGAAUCUGUUGCUGAAGAGAAAUGAUAAACAGGAUUGGUGGGCACCAGCUCACUAAAGCACAAAUCCUCUAAUUGCGGACCUAAAUAUUUCGUUUGUGCUUUAGCGGUCUUACUAAUUUUUAUA